AUGCGGAUUGAAGAGCUCAUCAUCGAUGGGUUCAAAAGCUACCCUGUCCGUACGCAUGUACGUGGCUUUGAUCCCAGCUUCAAUGCGAUUACAGGCUUGAAUGGUAGUGGGAAAAGCAACAUCCUUGAUGCCAUUUGUUUCGUGCUUGGCCUCACGAAUCUCAGCUCGGUGCGCGCCUCCAAUAUCCAGGAUCUGAUCUACAAACGUGGACAGGCUGGUGUGACGAAAGCCUCGGUGACGAUCGUGUUUGAUAACAGCGAUAAGGAGCGCUCGCCUGUGGCCUUUGAGAACUACCCUACUAUUACGGUGACCAGGCAAAUCGCCAUGGGCGGUGUGUCCAAGUACCUGAUCAAUGGCCACAAAGCCACGCAGCAGGCCGUGCAAAACCUGUUUCAGAGUGUGCAGCUGAACAUCAACAACCCCAACUUCUUGAUUAUGCAGGGCAAAAUUACCAAGGUGCUCAACAUGAAACCAGCCGAGAUCCUCUCGAUGAUUGAGGAGGCUACUGGUACACGCAUGUUUGAGGAGCGCAAGGAGCGUGCGUUCCGUACGAUGGCCAAGAAGGACCAAAAGGUGCGCGAAAUCGAGACGCUCCUGGACGAGGAAAUUAAGCCGAAGCUCGAUAAGCUACGCGAGGAAAAACGUGCCUUUCUCGAGUACCAAAAGGCGUCCUCGGAACUUGAGCGUCUCAAUCGUCUUGCCAAGGCGCAUGAAUGGCAGGUUCUGCGAUCCAAACUGGACGACCGACAGCAGAACGGCAUUGAGCACACGCGCGACCUCAUCCAUACACAGCAAGACGAACGCGCCGCCUGGGUUCAGCAUAUGUCCAGUCUGCAAGCGGAACUAGCCAAGCUCGAAGAACGUCGUGCCACUGAACUGGCCUCUCAUAGCAGUGCGGAUGGCCGCUCUGCGAUGGAACAUGCCAAGGCAUUGGCCCAUGAGCUCGUGGAGGCUACUGCGCAGCAAGAGUUUCGGCAGACCGCAUACGAGGAGGAGAAACAUCGUGUCGAGACAGAAGAAGCUGCGCUAGCGGCAGCGCAGGCAGCGUGCGAGUCGCAACAGCAUACCUACGAUGAUCUUGCCUCUACGUUUGUCGAGUUCAAACGUGAGCACGACGAUGCGAGUGCCAAGUUGGCUGAGCAAGAAUCGCUUCUCCAAACGCUACUUACCGGUAUGUCGACCGGAUCCCAAGAUACCCAGGGCGGCUUCCAAGGACAGCUGGCCAAGGCGCGGGACAAAGAGGCUGCUGCGCAAGCGGAGAUUCAGCAGGCGCGAAUGCGUAUAGCGCACUUGGAGAAGGACAUCGAGGCCAAAUGUCCGCAAGUGGAGCGCGAGGUGAAAGAGAAUCGGCAGCUCACUGAGCAGCUCCACAAGGCGCAGCGGGCGGCGCAACGGGCCAAGGCCGACGUCGAUGCAUUGGGUUGGAAUGCGCCGGCCUAUGAGCAGCUCCACAAGGAGCGGCAAGCCCUGCAAUCGCGGAUCGAGGCCCUCUCACAACAGCACGAAGCCAUGCAGGAGCGUUUGCCUGCAUCGUUGCAGUUCACAUAUGCGGAUCCAACGCCGAACUUUGAUCGCUCGCAAGUGAAAGGGCUGAUCGCAAGUCUUGUCCGUCUCGAUCCGUCACGUACCAAGUAUGCCACUGCGCUGGAAACAUGUGCAGGUGGCCGUUUGUACAGCGUCGUGGUCGAGAACGAGCAGGUGGGCGCUCAGAUCCUGGCAAAGGGCCAGCUGAAAAAGCGCGUGACGUUGAUUCCUCUAACCAAGAUCCAGGCACAAGUCGCGCCGCCUGCCAAGGUGGCUGCUGCGCAGCAGCUUGCGCCAGGCAAAGUGGAUUUGGCCCUCUCGCUCGUGGGCUACGAACGUGAUGUGGCCAAGGCGCUCGAGUACGUUUUCGGCACGACGUUGAUUUGUGCAGAUGCAGCCACCGCGAAAAAAGUCACGUUCGAUGCGGCCGUGCGGAUGAAGAGUGUUACCCUUGAAGGCGAUAUCUAUGAUCCUGCAGGCACACUGUCCGGCGGCAGUGCGAACACCGCGCAGGCCAACAUUUUGCUGCGUAUGCAAGAGGUGGCACAGGUCGCAGCCGAAUUGCAUGCCCAGCAAAGGGCACUGCACGAUACGGACGCUGCAUGGGCGAAGCUCUCGGCGGAGCACGAGAAGGUGCAGCGCCACGUCGCUGCGUACGAGCUGCAGCAACACCAAGCCGACCUCCUGCAGCAGCAAGUGGACGGAUCACGUGCCGCACAGCUCCAGGCGGAGAUCGAGGCGGGUCGUGCGUCGUUGGCAGCGCUGCAAACGUCGAUUGAGGAGGCGCAGGCGCGGCAGGCUGAUGCGGCGUCCCAGUGUGCCCAGUUGGAGCGCGAUAUCGCAGAGCUGGGUACGAACAAGGAGGCCAAAGUGAGUCGGGUUCGCGACGAAUGCAAGGCGAUGAAGGCGGCCCAUGCAAAGCAGGCUCAGACUUUGAAGAAGCGCCAGGCAGCCCUUCGAGCAGCUGAGCUCGAUCUCGGGCAGCACCGUAUGGACGCAGAAGCAGCGCAGGAACGAUUGACCGAGGCACAGACAGCGUGUGAACAGGCGCUGCAAGAGCAGCAGCAAGGUGCCGCUGCGUGUGAUGCUUUGCGGCAGCGCGUGGCUGAGGCAGAAGCGAAGGUCGAAGCAGAACAGGCCGCGCUCUCGGCGUUUAGCGAUGAAGUGAAUACACUUCAAGCCACGCUGGCAGCGAAGAAAGCGGCCAUUAGUGAGGCGGACGUUGCUAUCAAGCAGGCGCAGCGGGACUUGGAGCAACACGAGCAGGUAUGCCAUGCGAUGACCUCGCAGCUGAGCGCGCUAGAGGAAGACUAUCCAUGGAUUUUGGACGAUGCGCCGCUUUUUGGCCAGGCAAAUACGCCGUACGAGUUCAGCAAGCACAACAUGAAAGAUGUUCAGCAGCUGUGCAAACAGUUAGGCGAGCAGCAAAGCGGCAUGAAACGGCGUAUCAACCCACGUGUGAUGCAUAUGAUUGACAAUAUCGAGAAGAAGGAUGCGAGUCUUCAGAAUAUGCUCUCGACUGUCCUGCGUGACAAGAGCAAAAUCGAGCAGACCAUCGAGGAGCUCGAUCGCUACAAAAAGGAUGCACUGCAAGCGACAUUUGAGCAGGUCAACCGCGACUUUGGUUCCAUUUUCGGCGAGUUGUUGCCAGGAAAUUAUGCCAAGCUCCAGCCCCCUGACGGUGCCGACAUCACACAAGGUCUCGAAGUGCGCGUUCGGCUAGGGCAAACGUGGAAACAGAGUCUGACUGAGCUCAGUGGUGGUCAGCGUUCGCUGAUUGCCCUGAGUCUGAUCAUGUCGCUCUUGCAAUUCAACCCCGCGCCUAUGUACAUUCUCGACGAGGUGGACGCCGCGCUUGAUCUGUCCCAUACGCAGCAUAUUGGCCACUUAUUCCGCACUCGUUUCAAGGGCUCGCAGUUUAUUGUGGUGUCACUCAAGGAAGGCCUAUUCUCCAACGCGAACGUGCUUUUCCGCGCGCGCUUCCGCGAUGGAACUAGUGUCGUGGAACGCAUCGCCCAAAAAUCGCAUGAGGCCGAGAAAGAGAAUAGGGCGUUGCCGCCGUUGGCCAGUAGUAAAAGGGCGCCCCGCACCCAACGCCCUCCUGUAGCGCCAUAG